AUGUUCAACAACCAGAACGUCGGCGAGCGCGGCGUCAGCAGGCCCUUCAUCGUCGCCCUCAUCCUGCUGCUGCUGUUCCUGAGUACCACGCAGGACUGGGGGAAGGCGCCCAGCGGGGGCAAGAAGCCGGAAGGGACGGGGGCCAAGGGAGGCGCGGUGGUGUCGGAGAGGGUCAAGGAGAAGAUAAUCUACGACUUGAGUGUUCAGAACGAAAAGCUAGAGCGGGAGAACGCACGCCUGAGGCAGCAGGUCCUCGACACACGUCGCGCCUUCAGGGCGUGCACCAGGGGCGAGAACGGUACUGCCAUACUGGAAGGCGCCGGCUGGCCGCUGGAGGAGGACCCUCUGGCUUUGAACGAGACCCUGCCGGGCGAUGGCGAUGGCGAUGGGCAUGGGGAUGGCGAUCGCGCUGCAGUUGGGGAUGGCGACCCGGCGAGGUGA